GCCAUGUCUGAAAAGGUUUACAAGAUACCUUACGAAGACCCUCCCGAUACCCAUGAUAUCCUCUAUAGCUCCGACCAUGCGACGCGCUCUCGACGCGGCGAAGUUCUCCGCGUCGCGUCUGCGUUUGCCCUCGGCGCGCUAGCUUGUGUUGGGACUAUAGCCCAGCUGAACGCGUCUGGCGCUAUUUACAUCAACAUCAAAGGCCACGCGCCAUCCAGCCCCGCAGCAUACAACACGGACGCGAACGCCGUCGACGCGUUCGCCCCACCGUGGGUCGGCUCAACCACCGGACACGAGUGGCCGCCUGCGCACCCGACCAACGCAGAAACCAUCAUGUUCCCUACCAACGUCGGCUACCCCGGCCCCACAGUCGCCGCGGGCGAGCCCGGUCUGGUCGCGACAGCGCCGCACUACGCGAUCCACACCGGCGCUCAGCAUAUCGUCGUGCCCACCAGCUUCCCCAAGGCCAAGCUUCCGCGUCCGCACGCGCCGUACCCCGAUUCCGACUCCGAACCCGGUUCGAUGCCCGUAGUGCAAGAGGACGAAGAUGACGAGGACGACGAGGACGACGUGUGGAAGGACGAAGAGCCCUUUGAUCUGUUCCGGCACUGGGGCACGCUCUCGCCGUGGUCGAGCGUGCCUCGGGGUGGGUUCGGUGUGGAUGCAGGCCCAGAGGCGCCGGAUGGUUGCCGUGUAUCGGGAUUGCAUUUGCUUCACCGUCACGGAGCUCGCAGCCCUGCUGACGUUGCUUCCGGUCAGGGAAUUGCGGGUUUUGCUGAGAGAAUGAACAAGCAGGCUGCGGACGUACGUGCAAGUGGACCAUUGAAGUUCCUGAACGAGUGGACACUCAGACUCGGUGCUGAGGGCUUGUCUCCGUUUGGCCGCUCUCAACUUUUCGAUCUUGGCGUCGCAACCCGCAUGCGAUACGGCUUCUUAUUACAGAACUUCACAGCGACCAACUCCAUUCCCACUUUUAGGACAGAGUCUCAACACCGCAUGCUUUCGUCUGCACAGAAUUUUGCUCUCGGGUUUUUCGGGUACCCGCUAGAUGGCCAGUACCACCAAGUGAUCGGGAUCGAGUCACAGGGCUUCAACAACUCCCUUGCACCUUAUCGAACGUGCACAAAUUCAGCAGAUCCGGCGAAAGGAUGGGCUUCAACUCCCCGCGUGAAUGAGUGGAAGAACAUAUAUCUGAAAGACGCGUUGCCACGGCUGCAAAGGCACAUCAGGGGCUUCACGCUGACCGUUGACGACGUCUAUUCGUUCCAGGAGGCGUGUGCCUACGAGACCGUCGUGCUGGGCUACUCCGCCUUCUGCGCGCUGUUCACGAAGCGCGAGUGGGACGGAUUCGACUAUGCACAGGACAUCAAUUACUGGUACAACGUCGCGUUCGGGUCGCCGCUCGCGAAGGGGCAAGGGAUCGGCUACGUGCAGGAGCUGGUUGCGCGGCUGGAGCACAGGCCCAUUCAGACGCACAACAGCUCGACGAACGCGACGCUGCAUGAGCCGCAGCUGUUCCCGCUGAAUGAUCCGCUGUAUGUGGAUGCGACGCAUGAGGUCGUUGUGCUUAACAUCAUUACAGCGUUGAAUCUGACGAGCUUCACUGGUGCCGGACCGCUGCCGUCCGACCGCAUACCGAGGAAGCGUACUUUCCGCUCGAGCCAGCUCACGCCUUUUGCGACGAACGUCCAGUUUCAAUUGCUAUCGUGCGCGGCCGAACCCGAAGAACAGAUCCGCGUGAUCAUCAACGACGGAGUCGUACCGCUUGACGGUGUCCGCGGGUGUGGCGAGAACCGCCUGGGUAUGUGCGCGGUCAAGGACUUUGUCGAGGCGCAGAAGGCGUCGAUUCAGGGUGUGGAUUGGGCGUAUAUCUGUGACGGGGACUGGACGAUUCCGGAUGGAUGGAACACGACGGACGGUUUGCCGCCUGGGUACCCGGACGUUUGAGUACUUGUGGUUUGGGCGUGAUGCUGCUAAUCUAACAAGAGAAGCUUUAUUGUUGAGAUUGUAUUGUGCAAUAGAAUGCUUGUUUGCGACCGC